CUAAGAGGCUGGCUCGCCGCGUCGCCGGGACAAGCGAGACGGAGUGGGGCGCGUGGCGGCCUCCACCCCGCUCCGAGAGCCGCUUCCCGCUGCGCGCGGUGCCCCGCCGUCGGCCAAGCGGGCAGGUGCUGUCGUCGGGGUGGCCAUGCGGCGCUGCGCCCUGCUAGCCGCCUUCGCGCUGGGCUACGUGGGCUACCUGCUGCUGGGCGCGCUCAUCAUCUCGGCGGUGGAGCGGCCCUACGAGAGCCGGCUGCGCGCCGAGCUGCGCUCUCUCAAGGCCGCCUUCCUGCGGGAGAGCCCCUGCCUGCCCGAGCCCGCCCUCGAAAGCUUCCUGGGCGCCGUCCUGAGUGCCAACCGCCACGGCGUGGCUCUGCUCCGCAACGGCUCGGCCGCCCCGUCCAACUGGGACUUCGCCUCCGCCUUCUUCUUCUCCAGCACCUUGAUCACCACCGUCGGCUACGGCUACACCACCCCUCUCUCGGACGCGGGCAAGGCCUUCUGCAUCUUCUACGCACUGCUGGGUGUCCCCUUCACCAUGCUGGUGCUCACGGCCACUGCCCAGCGGCUGGUGGGCACCUUCACCUCCGGCCCCUUGGAGUACCUGGCACUGCGCUGGGGCCACAACCAGCGGGCGCUCUCCUGCGGGCACCUCAUCUUCCUGGCACUGGUGGUGCUGGUGGCCUUCUUCCUGAUCCCCGCCUCCAUCUUCAGCGGCCUGGAAGAGUCCUGGAGCUUCCUGGACGCCUUCUACUUUUGCUUCAUCUCCCUCUGCACCAUCGGCCUGGGCGACUACGUCCCCGGGGAGCAGCCCGGCCAACGCCUCCGCUCCCUCUACAAGAUCUCCAUCACCGUUUACCUCCUCCUGGGGCUGAUGGCCAUGCUCCUGCUUCUCCAGACCUUCCACCGGCUGGCCGAGCUGCACGGCCUCUCUGACCUGGUCUUGCUCCCCCGGGAGCAGCCCUGCGAGGAAGACCACCAGCGCAUCUUGGACGAGCCCCCGCCUCCCUCGGAGCCCCGCCAGGCGGAGAAGACCCCCGUGCAGCCCAGCCCUGGGGGGCAGGCCAACUACUCCUCCAUCAACAGAUGAUCUGGCCCAAAGCUGCAGGGGGGGGGGUAAAUCCCCACAGAGCCCCCUUUCCUGGGGAGUGGUGGUGCCUGUUUUACUCCCCCUCCCACCCUGUAUGCUGAGCCUCUGCCCAUGUACGAAGCUUCCUUCUCCUUGGCCCUGUGCUAUUUAUUGGGUGCUGGCCAGUCUCUGGGGGAGAGGGGGGGGAGAGAGAAAGCCCUUCUCUCCAGGGAGGGCCUGAACAAAACCUACAUGGGGGAGGCGAUGUUGUUAAUCUGGGCUUUCAGAUUAACAUUUCUAGGGUAGUGAUUUUAUUUGAAAAAGAACAAAGAAUGACGUUGGAACUCAUGGACACUUGAUUCCACACAGGGACACGAGAUUCUGCCGUUGAGGGUGGGCCUCUCUCAUGCCCCCCACCCCAAAUGGCACAUGCUCUGUUGCUGGCCCCCCACUUGUCUGAGGCUGCCUGGAUUUGCCCUGAGCAGAUUCAACAAGGCCCCUGGUUGGGUAUUGGGUCGCCCCUCGUCCUGCCCCCCUUUGUGGGAGGGGCGGGCUUGCUUUACACCCUUUCCUCCCCGCCCCCCCAACUUGAAGAGAGCAGCUGUUGAGUUUUAAUUUAAACUACAAAACGUGGGCUUCCACCUUGCAGAACCUCAUUUCCAGCCAGGACCAGCUUUGCAAGAGCUGAGCUACCCUGCUGCUGUGUGGGUGGGUGGGUGGGUGGGAUUGGCCACAAACAAGACUGAAAACGGAGCGGGGGGGGCAGGUUUUGGGGUGGGAGGGAGAUAGGAGUCGACUCACCAAUAUGAAGUGCCUUUUUUCCCCUUUUGCUUUUAAUGUACACUUUAAUACUUUGUGGAAUGAAUGGAGAAUAUUUAAACGGAUGGGUCUGGCUUCUGUGUCCUUCAGGGCAGUUAGCGGAUGGGGGAGGGCAGGUUGGAGUCACACACACAAACACAAACCCCCUGGCUGAUUUGAGAGCAGGAGACCUCUCAGUUGCUCUGCAGCCCUUGUCUACCCCCAGCCCUGGAACUGGGCUCUUUCCUGCCCCCUGCAACCACACCCUGCCCUCUCCCCUCCCUGCCCCCAUCUCUCUUUCCCAAGGGACAGCCACUCCAUCACCUUUUGUAGAAAACCUUUAUUGUUCUAGUAACAGCAGUGAGGGGGUGGCGAUGCCCCAGGAGCACCCAUCUUGGGGUGGGCGAGGGGGGAGGCCUAAGCCAGGCAAACAGGGGGCUGGCCCUUGUUGCCUCAGGGUGGUGGUGUCUGGAUCUCUGUGGGGCUGGCUGGGAGUCUGCUGGAGCCAAUGGGGGGGGGGGUUGAAGCCCUUCUCUGCCAGUUCUGGAGGCUACAAGACCAAGGGGGUAUGUGCACCCAGUUAUGAAUGUAUUUUUCCGAAACCAACCCCCAGGGGGGUUCUUCUCCCCACCCUCAUUACAGCUUUGGGAUGGGGGGGGGACGACGACACUUGCCCCACAUCCCAGCAGGGGGGGUGGCAGCCCACCCAGUAAGGCAUCCCGGCUUUCUUUGGCGAACAGACUGGGUUGCCCAGGGGGGCACCAGAUAAUUUGGCCCAGGCGGACUCUGGGGCGAGAUUUGUGAGGUUCCAGCAUCUAAAGGCCCAGGGGGCUGGGGAUGUGUGGGGAAAGGAGGGCACAGGGCCUCGUGCAGAGUGCCUCUCUUCCUUGCAGAGGCGAUGCAGAAAUAGCCUCAGUGCCACCCGCCCCCCGCAGCUGGCGAGGAAAGUGGCCUGGCCUUUACAAAGACAUCUUCCAAAGCCAGAAGAGCAAUGGGGCAAAUCCAGUGGGGCAGAAUGGAGGCUGUUUAAAUGGGGUGGGGGGUGGGGACAAGCUCAGUUUGCUGAAUGCCACCUCCCUUUCCCGAGUAAGGCAUGCCUGAAGUUCAGGUUCUUUUUAAACUACAAAUAUUUCCUCAACGAUGGGCUAUUAAAUCCUACUUUGAGACUUCUGCGCUGAUGCAGCAGGCAAAGUUGGCCCAAACUGGAACUGUUCCCCCCCCC